UUUGGGCCAAAUCCGAGUUCAGACCGGACCAAAUCGUAACCAAUCAUAGACAUCUAUGUUUGGGCCAAAUCGAGGCUGGAAAAAAACCCGACGUCUGUAGACGUUGAAAUCAAGGCAAGGGUGGACGGACCAAAUCGCAAAGUCCAUGGACGUUGGCGUCGGACGGUGCUCACUGGGCUGCAGCCGCACUGCCGAUUUUAAGGUGGUCUAGAUAGCAUCUUGGACAUACCGGUAGUUAUAAUUUAUGAACUUCACAAACGCCUUUUACAAUUACACAGCCAACAAACAUUUCCUGGCUAGGUUUCGUUUUAUCCACACGGCGAGAUAGUAUCAAAGCAUCACUGCUUCUGGUCCACCUUAACGUUUGAUGUCACUCAUUGCUCAUGCAGUUUGCAUUUACGUACGUCAACAACAUGAUUGAAUAGAGGCUUUCUUCAUGUCGUUUGCUUUACUCAAAUAUGGACGGAGACAGACAGUAGAGUUUGUCAAUUUGGAUGCAUCGUGUGUUGUUUUCACGUUCCCCAUCAUUUCAGUGAAGAGGGGCGACGAAACCGCAACGUUUAUCACCGGGAUUAGGGCCUUGUCUGGGGUGAGCAGUUUAUCCUGCACUGCCGACUUGUUGAAGUAGAAAUCUUCAUCCAAAUCGAGUCGCCCAGAGUGAGGCCCAGGCAGGUGCCGUCUGCUGCUGACCACGGCACCAUGAUGGAGGGGGGCAUGCAGCUGCUGAACCGCGACGGCCACAGCAUCUCGCACAACUCCAAGCGCCACUAUCACGACUCGUUCGUGUCCAUGAACAGGAUGCGCCAGCGUGGCCUGCUCUGCGACAUCGUGCUGCACGUCUCCAACAAGGAGAUCAAGGCGCACAAGGUGGUGCUGGCCUCCUGCAGUCCCUACUUCCAUGCCAUGUUUACAAGUCACCAGGUGAGGUGUGUGUCCCAGUUUUCCUCCUCCAUCCUGCAGCUCAGACUAGAGCUUUGUGAGGAUGAGAUGUCGGAGAGUCGUCAGACCCACGUGACCCUGCAUGACAUUGACCCCCAGGCGUUGGAACAGCUGGUUCAGUAUGCCUACACGGCAGAAAUCGUGGUGGGGGAGGGCAACGUGCAGACAUUGCUUCCAGCGGCCAGCCUGCUGCAGCUCAACGGAGUGAGGGACGCCUGCUGUAAGUUCCUCCUCAGCCAGCUGGACCCUUCCAACUGCCUGGGCAUCCGCAGCUUUGCCGACACGCACUCCUGCAGCGACCUGCUCAAGUCUGCGCACAAGUACGUCCUGCAGCACUUUGUGGAGGUGUCCAAGACCGAGGAGUUCAUGCUGCUGCCGCUGAAGCAGGUAUUAGACCUGAUCUCCAGUGACAACCUGAACGUACCGUCAGAAGAGGAGGUAUACCGGGCCGUGCUGAGCUGGGUCAAACACGACAUAGAUGGGCGCAGGCAGCACGUACCCUGGCUGAUGAAGUGCGUGCGUCUGCCCCUGCUGCGGAGGGAUUUCCUCAUGAGCAACGUGGAUACGGAGCUGCUGGUGCGCCACCACUCUGAGUGCAAGGACCUGCUCAUCGAGGCCCUCAAGUACCAUCUUAUGCCCGAGCAGAGGGGUGUGCUGAGUAACAGCCGCACCCGGCCGCGCCGCUGCGAGGGCGCCAGCCCCGUGCUCUUCGCCGUCGGUCAGUGUGCCCCCGAGGUUACCCACCAGGGUGGCGGCAGUCUGUUUGCUAUCCACGGUGACUGCGAGGCCUACGACACGCGGACUGACCGCUGGCACAUGGUGGCAUCCAUGUCCACUCGGCGGGCACGGGUGGGCGUGGCGGCCAUUGGCAACAAGCUGUACGCUGUGGGAGGGUAUGACGGCACCUCAGAUUUGGCCACCGUGGAGUCCUACGACCCUGUCACCAACUCCUGGCAGCCUGAGGUUUCAAUGGGGACGCGGCGGAGCUGUUUGGGCGUGGCAGUGUUGCACGGCCUUCUGUACGCCGCCGGUGGUUACGACGGAGCUUCCUGUCUCAACAGUGCAGAGCGGUACGACCCUCUCACCAGUACCUGGACCUCCAUCUCUGCCAUGAGCACCCGAAGGAGAUACGUCCGUGUGGCCACUCUAGAUGGCAGUCUGUAUGCAGUAGGAGGAUAUGACAGCUCCUCACACCUAGCAACAGUGGAAAAAUAUGAACCACAGAGUAACGCGUGGACAGCCAUCGCCAACAUGCUGAGUCGACGCAGCAGUGCCGGGGUGGCCGUGCUGGAGGGCAUGCUCUAUGUCGCCGGGGGCAACGAUGGCACCAGCUGCCUAAACUCGGUGGAGCGAUUCAAUCCCAAGACCAACGCCUGGGAGGGCGUGGCGCCCAUGAACAUCCGCAGGAGUACCCACGACCUGGUGGCUAUGGACGGCUGGCUGUACGCGGUGGGCGGCAACGACGGCAGCUCCAGCCUCAACUCCAUUGAGAAGUACAACCCGCGCAGCAACAAGUGGGUGGCGGCCUCCUGCAUGUUCACGCGGCGCAGCAGUGUGGGGGUGGCCGUCCUAGAGCUGCUCAACUUCCCGCCGCCUUCGUCGCCCACGCUCUCUGUGUCUUCCACCAGCCUUUGACACGGGGCUAAGCUCUGGCUGACCUCAGCCUCAACCUCGGCCUCGGUUGCCACUGCACAGCCAGGCCCCAGCAAGAGACGCAACUGCUCUGUGUGAAGAGGAGGGAGUGAGAGGAUGCAUAUACUUGAAUCAGGUAGAGAGAGGGAGAGGGGAGAAAAUGGCUUGAGUGGGAGGGGUACAGUUUGAGGGAGAGUGGAGAGAAGGGCUUGAGAGACUGGAAGGGGUACAGUUAGAGGGAGAAGAGGUGAUGGGAAGAGCGAGUGAGAGGAAGAGUGAAAGAUGGAGAGAGAAACGCAUAGAGGGUGCUGCUGGAUUUGGUCUCUUUCCCUGAAGUCUCACUGUAUUACCGUAAAGAUACCAGCUUCUAGUCUAUUGAAGAAUACAGGAGAGUUUUCCUCAGAUAAAGAGGUUGGAAAAAAACACCAUUUGCAAUCCAGUGCUUGAAAUACCGUCUCUGAACCGAGACACAUACACAUAUAUAUAUGUAUGUAUGUAUGUAUGUAUGUAUGAUUUUAACUUAGGAAUGUAGCUAUCGACUGGUUCUGCCAUGCAUGUUUACUGACAUUGUGUCCUGGCAGGCAGGGAUAAAAAUGAGUAGUGCAGCUGUAUGUGUCACACUAGGUGGCAUUAACGGGCAAUGUUGUUUACCGUCCUACUCUACGGACGAGCCUUGUGUAAUAGAGUGAUGUUGCCCCUAGACAUUUUCCAGCAUUUCCCCCUUAAAUGGUUAAGGUUAGUAUUGAAGAGGGGAAGCUGAUCCUAGAUCUGUACCUAAGGAAAACUUCAACCAACCAACCAGCUGGAGAAGAAGAAAAAAAGAAUGUAGCUAUUGAUUUGAGAUCUAUCAUUACUCGAAACUGUAAAUUAGUUUAAUUCCUUUAAAAAAUAUAUAAGAACAGAUAAUAUGAUGUUGAAUUAUUUAUUAAAUGUAAAAAAAUAUAUGUAUGUAUAUAUAUAUAGCUAAUAUAUUCCGACAAUUUCAAAGAUGCUUUGUGAAAAGCAAAUGGACCACUGCUACGACUCGACUGCCGUAUUAUUUUCAUUUUGUUGUGUUAACGUCGUGCAUAUCAUUGAUGGAAGUGUCAGAGAGGAUGUUAAAAGUGGGAAGUUGUUCAGUUUGAGCGUUGAGUAUAUCAGAGUGAAGGAUUGAUAAGGAUUUCUUAAACUGAUGAAGAUAUCAGGGCCUGUAUUCAUAAAGUGUCUCAGGGUAGGAAUGCCGAUCUAGGUUCCCCCUUAUUCAUAAUGAUUUAAAAGGCAAAACUGAUCCUAGAUCAGCAUUCCUACUCUGAGACACUUUUGGAAGACGGGCAGAGGUCAACUGAAAUAUCUGUAUUAUUUGUAAAGGACAACAGUUAAAAGAAAGAGGUUUAUUUUGUUCAUGCAGUGUUUAUUCUUUUGUUGGUUCGUACCUUGACUGAAAAUGUUAAAUAUUUUUUUUUCAAAAGUAGCCUUGUCACUGCCACAUGUAACCGAUGUCAUUAGUAGUUAUGGCAACUGAUGUCCAAUACUGUUGUAUGGAAGGCUAUGGUAUGCAAGCUUGCUUGUCCGCUAAGCUAAUUAGAAGACCCCAAUCCAUUGUAUAGAUCAUUAUCAUUCAUAAACACAUAGUGGUAUCACGAUUAUGACAGCUUUGAAAUGGCUAAAGAGCAGAAGGUUCAAGUAAUGUGUAGGCAAAUUAACACAACACUAAUCUUAAUACUUCACACUAGCUGCGGUAAUGUCAAUGUGGAAACAUUUAUGGUGCUGUCAUUUUGUGUUACUUACUUAUCGUUUUGUACAUUGCCUCAUAAUACCUCUUCCUGUAUUGUUGGAAAGGAUCCAAACUUACCACAGCAAUGUUUACGUAGUAAACGUGUGACAACAUGUAGUAUAACUCUUAAGCUCUAACGAUACUCUGGAACACGUCUAUCAGAUAAUACCAUUCUUUGGAAGUUCCACAAAAUGGCACACAUCAAAGCAAAGGCUGAUUGGUUAAGGAAAUGAAGCUGUUUCUACAUACUCAAUACUGAAACUUUACCUGAGGUUAAAGAGCUGUGCCAGCCAAAGGUACAAUAGUCCACAACAGGUCCUAAUUUUAGUUUUUGACUCGUCACGGUUAACUAGGUUCAGUAAAUAGGCUAUGUAGCGCAGUGUGAUCAAAUGUAAAACUUCUGAGAAGUUAUUUAUUUUCCUUUUUUCAAAGGAUUUUCUUGAUCUGGUUUUGUUUUUACUGAAAAAACUCCCCAUUUAACGGUUAGUUCUUGCAGGUUAUUAUCUCCAGUAACGGUGAAGUGUUUUGUCCCCAAAUCGCAAAAGUGGUUGCAGUGAUGUCUUCUGUGACGUCAUGGUCAGGUUGUAUACAGAUUGUUUUAAGAGGUCUUUUUAGCGACCAGAAAAAUACUUAUUUAGCUGGUUGUAAUCUGGUAUCUUACCAGGCGUCUCUACAACCAGAAAACCUAUUUACAACCAGAAAAUGACGUCAUUAAAACGUUCCAUGCCAAAUUUUACACGGUGGGUUCGUGUGAGUUCAUAAUAUACCAUGAGUGAAAUCUCCACACAAGAACUUGGCCUCCAUUUCGUUGAAUCAAAUGUAAAUAAGGAAUUACCCCAAAUCUCGGAUUGAAUGCAUUGUCAAUGUGACUGUAGCUUUUUUAGUUAACACAUUAUUGUUCAAUGUGACGUGCAUAGUUUGUUUAUAAUAUGUUAUAUUUAUCGAGAAAAUGUAUGGAGAAACGUGGCACUAUUGUGAAAUGGAGCAAUACACUGUAUAGAAAAUAAAUAAAGAUGCUUUCAGGUGUGAGGA